AUGCCCUGCCUGCAGUCUACAGAGUCAAUGGAGUCCGACAGAACGACUCCUGUGAGGGAACCGUGUACUGCAGAUGAUGCUGGGACAGAGGAGUUCCUCCACAGGGAAACAGAGACCAAGCCACCGACGGUGAAGAGCAUGGGCUGGUUCUUCUCCCCGCUGUGGAGUCCACGCUCCAAAACACGUCGAAGUAGAUUUGGAGACGGCAUGAAGAGUAACAAGGUGGAUGCAUGGCUCGAUGAUCACUCCGACUUCACCAGGGCCUACUUUUUACGCAGAGCUUCCGCGGUCAGUAGUCAGGCAGAGAUGUCUCCUCUGCUACCCAGGCUUCCCAAAAGCAGCUCAGACCACUCUGGCCUGUUCAGGAAGGGUUACCACCAUCGCAGAGGUUCUUCUCCACAUUUGAACAUUUCCUCCACAUCCGACAGGCUCAAACCCCUCUCAUGCAACCCCGGAGCCUCUGAGUGGAUCGAUUGCUACAGUCCAGAUAUGAUGGGCUGUCACUCCCCUCUCUCUCCCCGCUCCUCCCGCUCCUCUCGCUUCUCUUUUUCCUUCUCUCCAUGCCUUCCUCUUUCUCCUUUAUGCCCAGGCUCUCCCGAAUUAUCCCACUCCCCACCUCAGCUUCAGUAUUCUGCCGCAUCAACUACGGCCUGUGGAAAUGAUGAGUUCUGCCUGUGGAUGAUGGAGCUCCUGAGAGGAGGACUCAGUCAGAUGGGUUCUGUGGCAGAGCUCUGCCAUGGGGCUGUCCUGCAUGCUGGGGAGCUGCUGGCAGCUGAGGGCUGCUGCCUCUCUCUGGUAAACAAAGGCUGUGGUGGGAGGAACACAUUGAGGGAGGCUGUUGCCCUCAUGGAGUUGGGCAGCUUGAGCGAAGGGAACCUCUGCAGCCAUGCACACAUGGAGCUGGUGAAGGGCAUCAUGGGAUGUGUGUUGGCUACUGGGUCACUAAUGAAUCUCAGAGAUGUCUCAGAGGAUCCCCGAUUCAAAAUAGAUGGCGAUCAGUCAUCAAGGAUCAGGGCUGUGUUGACUGUUCCCAUCAAGAACCACAGAGGAGAGGUGGUUGGUGUAGUAGUUAUGAUCAACAAGAGGAAUGAUGCAUCAAUUUCUGUUUUCAACAGCACGGAUGAAAAGGUGCUAUCCAAUCAUAUGGAUGUGUUGGGGAUGGUUCUGGAUAAUGUCCAGCUGUAUGAGAGCUCAAGACAGGAGGCCAAACGAAGUCAGGCCCUGAUAGAGAUGGCACAGGUAUUGUCAAAGGAGCAUCAUUCUUUUGAAGUUAUGCUGAGUAAGAUGGCUGCCACCAUCAUGCCCUUCACCCGUGCUCAGUACUGCACAAUCUUCAUCCCCAACGAUCAAGACAAGGAUUCAUUCUCCAGAGUGAUCCACCUGGAGUGUGAGGAGCUUGGAUCAACCUGCCAGAUCUACCGGAGGCAGCGGGACAUCAGUGAUAUUGACCAAUCACAUGCCCUUCAAACUUUGUGUACUAUGGAAACACUUAAUAUAGUGGAGAGUUGUGAGGGAUCAAUGAAGAGUUUGAUCUGCUGCCCUGUGAGAAAUGAGAGGUCUGAAGAUGUGAUUGCGGUGUGCCAGCUAACAAGCAAAAAGUGCAGAGACUCAGACGAGUUUGAAGCCUUUAACAGAUAUGAUGAGCGCCUACUAGAGGACCUGGCGGUGUACUGCGGCCUGGCUCUGCAGUACGCUCAGGCUGUGCAGAUAACCGAGGAGCGGAGGGCCAGUAUUGAGGUCACACAGGAGGUUCUUGCCUAUCACAUCACAGCAGCAGAGCAGGAAGUCCAAGUAUUGCAGGAGGCCUCAAUUCCUUCUGCUGAAUCAUUGAAUAUUCUGGAUUUCCAUUUCUCUGAUUUUGGUCAGCCAGAAGAUAUGACCUCACAGGCCACCGUUCGUAUGUUUCUUGACCUCAAUUUGGUGCAAGAUUUCAACAUUGAUUACAAGAGUCUCUGUCAGUGGGUCCUGACUGUGAGACGUGGUUACAGGAACAGCGUGCCUUAUCACAACUGGAGCCAUGCGCUUAGCACUGCCCAGAGCAUGUUUGCUAUUCUCAUGGCCACGGACCAACUUCAGACCAUUUUUUCCCGCCUAGAGAUUUUAGCGUUGAUGAUAUCCACUCUGAGUCAUGAUCUUGACCACAGAGGAGUCAGCAAUUCUUACAUUGAAAGGAGUCAGCAGCCUUUAGCUCAGCUUUAUGGACACUCUUCUCUUGAAAACCAUCACUACAACCUGUGCCUCUUCAUCCUAAACAACGCUGGGUGUCAGAUUCUCAGCGGCCUCUCUGCAGAAGACCACAGAUCUGUACUACAAAUGAUCAAAAGGGCGAUCCUCGCCACUGACCUGACAGUCUACAUGGAGAGAAGAAAAGACUUUUUUUGUCUCACUAAGAAAGGUAAAGUUACCUGGAGAAGUGAGAAACAAAGAGAUCUAUUGAGGUCCAUGUUAAUGACAGCCAGUGACCUCUCUGCUAUCACAAAGCCUUGGCCUGAACAAAAAAGGAUUGCCAACCUCGUUGCCAUGGAGUUCUUUGCACAAGGAGACAAAGAGAAAGAAGAGUUCAAAAUCAAGCCUGUGGGCAUAAUGAACAGAGAAAACAGCACUCAUCUCCCAUACCUGCAAGUUGAAUACAUUGAUGACGUCUGCUACCCACUCUACAAGGCUGUAUCAACACUGUUUGAUGCUUGCUCCCCUCUGCUGAUUGGAUGCAAAAAGAACAGAGAAAACUGGCUACAGCUUGCUAAGGAAGCAGAAGAAGAUAGUGAAAGUAGUUUUUGUAGCAUUACCCUGGAAGCACAUGAAAGUGAUGAGGAAAAGCCACGGACAGAGGAGUAG